AUGUCGCUAGAUGAAGUUACGCGUCGCUGGCUUCGACGCCUUGUCUCGCAAACGCUCGAACUUGAUCCUUUACUCGUUGACAAUCUCUUGACAGGAACUACGAUAGAACUUGUGCAAUCUUUCUUCUCUUCGUCGAGUCCUGGUGGAAGUAUCUUGUUUUUCUACAAGACAGAAGAACAAUACCAAGUCGAAGAGGAAGUUGAGGAAACAAUUAAAAUCGUAAAAGAUGAGUCGAGUACAGAAGUAGCAAGUGAUAGUGUUAUACCAAUUGAUUCAACGGAUGAGAAAUAUCUUCAAGAAGAAAGUGAUUCUCUUGUAGACCCAGUGAGGACAUUGACAAAGCGAUUGCGAACUGAAACACGUGCAGUGUGUCAUGUCUACUUGAAUACACUUCCUGCCGAAUCAUCGAAGACCGCAACAGUAUUUUUGAUCAAGGUCGCGACUGGUCCCAUUACUCUCAAGACAAACACAAGUGACGCAGAGAUAAUCGUUUAUACAAAUCUUGAGCUUGGUUGUUCAACGGGCGACUUGCUUUCGAAUCUUGAAGGUGUUCUCUGUCAUGUUUUCAUGCCAUUGUUGGAUCCCCAAUUAUCAGGAUCAAUCGACUCCAUUAGACGAAAUGGUGAUGAAAUUGGUGUGAAAACAUCGUCAGCAGCUUCUCAAGCUCUUAAGGUAAUCGACGCUGUACGAAAUGAGUUUAAGAGCAAUCUAGUAAAAUUUUCCUCUCAAAUUACCAGUGCGAUUCAACGGAUUCAAGGGGAUGUUCACCUAAUUAUUCCUGACAUCAAUCUCACAAAACCAGAGACGCAUAUACACGAUUAUGAAUUGAUUGCUCAAUUAGAACAAACGUUUGAAGAAUGGUCUAAGACUGUAGCUAGUGUCGUUGAACAAGAGAGUCGAAAGAGUCCAAAACGCAAAGGUCCCUUAGCCGAAAUUGAUUUUUGGCGAGAGCGAAACGCUGCUUUAAGUACCAUUUACGAGCAGGUGAACAUGCCAACAGUUCAAAAGAUGCUUAAAUUGUUGGAACUCGUGGAAGGAAAUUCUCUUUUGACAUUCAAGUCUCACUUCGCUGAACUCACGAAAUUAUAUGUGGAAGCUAAAGACAAUGUGAAAUUCCUCACAACAUUAGAACGUCACUUUAAAAACAUUGCGAGUGGUUCCUUCUCAACCAUUGCAGACACGUUACCAUCAAUGAUGAAUGCUAUUCGAAUGGUUUGGAUUAUCUCUCGACACUACAAUACAGAUGAACGCAUGGUCCCAUUAAUGGAACGCAUUGCACACGAGAUUGUCGAUAAAGUAGCUGUGGAGAUUAAUAUCCAUACAAUUUUACGACAGAGUCCAGAGAAAGCGUUACGAGUGAUUGAAGAAGCCAAAAUUGUGCUUGAAUCGUGGCAUAGAACAUAUCAAAAUGUACGGGAACGCAUUGAAGCUAGUGGAACGGACCAUCGAUGGGAAUUUGAUCGCAAGCGUCUAUUUGAACAAACAGAUUAUAUGGCCAAAAUCUGUGAGAAUCUACAAGAAGUCGCAACUGUACUGCAUCAAUUUCAUCAGUUUCUAGGUCCAGAAUUAAAAGCCGUGACAGGUGAUUCACAAGGAAUUGAUGACGUAAUGAUACGAGUUGAAAAUCUCAUUCUACCUUUUGAAAACGUGCUGUACAAAAUCUUUGAUCGUGGGUACAAGACAAGUUGGGAUUUGGUCAUGACUCAAUUUCAAGAUCAAGUAACGGAGAUUGAGCACAUGACACAACAAUUUAUCGACUCUUCGUUUCGAAAACUUCGAUCUGCUGAAGGAGCGUUUGAUUUAUUACAAAAUUUUCAAAACAUUCAGUCCCGUGAGUCAAUAAACAAACAAAUGAUGGAGAAAUAUACAGAUAUCCUUACACAAUAUUCAAAGGAAGUUGAAAUGCUUGGAGAUCAAUUCCAUCGAUACAAAGAGUCUCCACCCGUGUAUAAAGACCAUCCUCCAGUCGCAGGUGCAAUUAGCUGGUCACGCGCACUUUAUUUGCGUGCGAAAAAGCCAAUUCUACGUUUUCGAACCAUGAAUGAUUUGUUAAAAAGUUCGUACGGGGAACAAGUCAAGGAGAAGUAUCUCGUGUUUGCACGUGCAGUUGACGCAUAUAUUCAACAGCUUCAUCGAGAAUGGAAAGAAAAAGUGCCUGCAACCAUUAAUGAAUGUCUGAAACAAUCGAUUCUUGGUCCAAAGCUCUUGGAAGCCGGAAAAUCCGAAACAGGGGGGACCCUUUUGAAACUUCCAUCUCCACCAUUUUAUGCCAACUUUUCGUUUGAGCUUAAAAUGAUUAUCAAAGAGUCGAAAUAUCUUGACCGACUUGGCUUUGAGAUUCCAGAAGAGGCUCUGAAUGUGACAUUGCAAGAAAAUAAAUAUCUUCAAUACGUUCAAGAUCUUACACUGAUGCUUGAACGGUACGACUCACUUUUAAGAGACCUAACACCAGUUGAAACGCAUUUAUUGCGAGCUCAAUUAAAGACACUAGAUGAUGCACUUCGUGUUGGUUUCUCUCCAUUAAAUUGGAACUCGCAGCGUGUCAUGAGUUUUAUUGAAAAUAGCAACAAAGCAUUGAAUCAAUUCGCGAAUCUCGUGAGUCAGAUUCAUAAAAGUAGUAAAAUGGUCGAAGAAAUUGUCGUGAAUAUUGAUCAGACAUUGUUGAUCCGAAUUGAAGAUUUUCGUCCAGGAAUUGUUACGGAAGUUAGUGAAUUUUACGAACUUGUUGAACGAAAUCGGAUGCAACGACUUGAUGAUCUUGUACAAAGUUACCGAUCAAUUGGUCCAUUGUUGAUAAAAGUGGAAGAGAUUGUUGCUGGCGUGAAUACUGGUACAAGUCCAGCUAUGUCAACGUACUAUAUGUAUUGGGAACGACGGGUGUUCAAUGCGAUUACUAAGAUGAUUAUUGCAUCUAUGACGACACUCCAAGCUUUGUUGAAUAUUCAUACAAAAGAUAUGAAUAAUGCAUCUCUUGUUAUGGGAGAAGCAAAGUUUAAGCGUCCACCUUUGUGUAAAGUGAAAGCAACGAUGCAUGGGAAAGAGAUUAUCGUAACUCCGUCACUUUCCGACAUGUACAAGUAUCUGAGUAAAUGUGUGAAACAUAUUGUUGAGAGUGCAAAAGCAUUUAUCCGCUGGAUGCAUGGAACUUGUCGUGAGACGGCACCUCUUGUUGUGAAUGAAGAUGAAGAGCCAAUUAUGUUUACAUUCUAUUCGGAUAUUUCUCAAAAUCCAUAUGUGAUCAAAAUGACUUUGUCUUUGAAUCAAGAGAUUCACAAGGUCUUUAAUAUUGUCAAUCGAUAUCUUGAUAGUUGGCGACGAUACGAUACAGUUUAUAAUCUCUGGAAUACAAAACGUCGAAGUGCUCUUGAUAAAUUAAUGGACAAGAAACCUCCUUGUGUGUACUUUGAUACACGAAUGGCACAAUAUUCUCGUCUUGCUGAGUCUGUACGAAACCAACCAACUGAGAAAGAUACGGAUUUCUUACAGAUCGAUUGUCUUCCACUUGCAGUUUCUAUCGCGAAACAAGCUGAAAUGUGGAAAGAUGAUUAUGGAAGAGUGUUACUGGAGAUCUCGAAUAAAAAGCUUGUAGAGAUAAUUUCAACUAUGGACAUGCUCGACAUCGAACUUGAUGUCAUACCUGAAGAUCUCGAAUCGCUGAAAAAAGUGUUAAAUACUGUUGCAAAAAUCAGCGACAUGGGCAUGGAAAUGGAGCUUGAAUACACAGAUAUUAUCGAACGCUAUCGGACGCUACAAUCCUAUCAUAUCACAUGUGAUCCAGCCGAGUUGCAGCGAGCGUUUGCCCUCGAAACACGCUGGAAAACUCUGUAUUUCGCUUCAAGAACAAAAGAUUUACGACUCGUGAAAGUGAAAGAUCAAUUUCGAGGCGUGACGAAACAGGAUGCACUUCAGUUUUCACAAGAAUGUCAAAAGAUCAAACAAGAAUUUAUUGAACAUGGACCAGGUACGUGUGCACUUGAUCUUGACGUUGGACUCGAGCGUUUAUCCAGUUAUAAAACGUUACUCAUUGGAUUUAAGACACGACGUCAGGAGCUUGCAAACGCCGAGAAUCUCUUUUCUCUACCCAUUACUUCGUAUCCAGAGCUUCAAGAAUUAGCAGAAGCUCUUGAAAAGCACGAGAUUAUUUUCAAUCUAUACACAGAAGAAAAGGAUUUUAUCGCAACGAUGUCCAGCAUGUUGUGGGCUGAUUUAGAUGUCGCUGCGAUGAAUAAAGGGCUUGAAGAACUGGAAAAACGCUGUCGAAUGAUUCGUAAAGACUUGAAAACCUUGUCGACAUUUAUGGCAGUGGAAAAGCAGAUAAUAUCGUUUCGAGAAAGUCUCCCGCUUAUCCAGAGUCUUAAAAACGAUGCUGUCAAACCACGCCAUUGGGAAGAGCUGAUGGUCGUCACUCAAGUGCGAUUUGAGAUGAAUCUCAAGACUUUUACACUAAAACAACUCUUUGCGAUGGAAUUGCAUCGAUUUUCAAAUGAAAUUGCUGAAAUCGUCAAUUCGGCCAUGCAAGAGCAAAAGAUUGAGCAAGAGAUGAAUAAAAUACAAGAUGUGUGGUCUAAAGCUAUACUUGAGUUAGUAAAAUACAAGAAAAAUGGUACCGAUCGUGGAUGGAUCUUACGAGCUGCAGAUGAUUUAAAACUUAUGUUAGAAGAUCACAUGUUGAAUCUUCAAACCAUGGCGAGCUCACGAUUCAUUACCAAUUUUGCAGAGCAAAUUCGCAAGUGGGAAAAGCGUCUUGGUGUUAUGAACGAAUGUCUUGACAUUUGGUUUAUCGUUCAACGGAAAUGGAUGUAUCUUGAAAGUAUCUUUGUUGGUGCCGACGAUAUUCGACAGCAAUUACCUGAUGAAGCGCGUAAAUUUGAUGUUAUUGACAAUGCAUGGAAAACUAUCAUGGCGGCGACAUACAAGAAUGCAAAUGCUGUGGAAGCUUGUACAGCUGAGAAUCGUGUAGAAACGCUUCAAUCGCUUUCGGAUCGAUUAGAUAAAUGUCAAAAAUCAUUAAGCGAUUAUCUUGAUACGAAACGAAAUGCAUUUCCACGCUUUUUCUUCAUAUCCGACGAUGAACUUCUUAGUGUCUUAGGAUCGUCCGAUCCUACGUCAAUUCAAGUGCAUAUGCUUAAGCUUUUUGAUAAUGUCAAACUCUUAACUUUUAUUCGCAAUGGGAAGAGUGUAAAUGCAAUGGAAAGUGCAGAAGGUGAAAGAUUUGACUUUCGGACAUUAUCUUCAGUUGAAGGACCUGUGGAAUCGUGGAUGACUAGUGUAGAGAGUGAAAUGCGUACUUCGCUUCGACAAAUUGCAAAGGAGGGAGUCUUUCAAUACGCGAGUAUUGAUCGAAUUCAAUGGCUUGAGACCGUGUUAGGAAUGGUAUCACUAGUCGGUAGUCAAAUCUGGUGGACAUGGCAAGUGGAAGAUGUGUUUCAUCGUGUUGAAAAAGGUGAUAAAUAUGCUAUGAAAGGAUUAGAGAAGCAAUUAUCUGAUCAACUCAAUACGCUUGUAAGACGAGUACGAGAGCCUUUGGAUGCCUGCACACGAAAGAAAGUCAAUACAUUAUUGAUCAUUGACGUACAUGCUAGAGAUAUUGUCGAUUCAUUUGUGCGUGAUAGUAUUCUACAUGAAAAAGAGUUUGCAUGGGAAUCACAAUUACGCUUUUAUUGGCGAAAAGAUGUUGACGAUGUUGUUAUAGGUCAAUGUACUGGUUCAUUUCGAUAUGGAUACGAGUUUAUGGGUUUAAACGGUCGUCUUGUGAUCACGCCAUUGACAGAUCGUUGCUAUAUGACACUCACUCAAGCACUGACGUUUAAACUCGGUGGAUCUCCAGCAGGUCCAGCUGGAACAGGCAAGACGGAGACUGUCAAAGAUCUGGCAAAAUCGCUUGCAUUACCAUGUUAUGUAAUAAAUUGUGGCGAAGGACUCGAUUAUAAAGCUAUGGGAAGUAUCUUUUCUGGAUUAGUACAAGUAGGUGCAUGGGGUUGUUUUGAUGAAUUUAAUCGGAUCAAUAUCGAAGUUUUAUCGGUUGUGUCAGCACAACUUCGUGCGAUUCAAAAUGCACUUCAUGACGAGAAAAAAAGUGUUGACAUUGGUUUUGGAUCAGAGAUUGCAAUCCAUCGUACUGCUGGUUUUGCCACGUGUGGAUUUUUCAUUACCAUGAAUCCAGGAUAUGCAGGACGAACCGAGUUACCAGAUAAUCUCAAAGCUCUCUUUCGUCCAGUGACAAUGAUCAUUCCCGAUCUAUUACAAAUUUGUCAAAUUAUGUUGUUUUCCGAAGGAUUUGAACAUGCCGUUGGACUUGCAAAGAAAAUGACAGUGUUGUAUCAACUCUCGAAAGAGCAAUUAUCAAAACAAUAUCAUUAUGACUUUGGAUUACGUGCUUUGAAAAGUGUUUUAGUGAUGGCAGGAGCUUUAAAACGCGAAUAUAGUGAAAUGAAUGAAGAUGUUGUACUCAUGCGAGCUUUACGAGAUAGUAAUAUGCCAAAGUUUGUAUUUGAAGAUGUCCCUCUGUUUCAUGGAUUAAUCAAUGAUUUAUUCCCUGGUUUAGAUUGUCCUCGAGUUGGUUAUGUUGUAUUACGAAAUGCAAUUGAUACUGAACUCAAACGUGGCGAAUAUGAUACAAGCGACUUUAAAGUGUAUCAUGAACAAAUUGAUAAGAUCCUACAACUAUAUGAAACAAUGCUCGUUCGACAUACGACAAUGAUCGUCGGACCUACAGGAGGUGGCAAGACGUUGGUAGUCAAUACACUUGCAGCUGCGUCAAAAUCAGCUUUAGAUGAAAGUGUGCGAAUUUUUGUCUUGAAUCCUAAAGCUCAGUCGAUUGCUGAAUUGUAUGGCACAAUGGACUCCGUCACAAGGGAUUGGACAGAUGGAGUUUUAAGUCGAUUAUUUCGAGAGUUAAAUCAGCCUCUUUUAAAUGGCAAAGAAAAGGAAAAACGGUGGCUUCUCUUUGAUGGAGAUGUUGAUGCUGUAUGGGUUGAGAAUAUGAAUAGCGUGAUGGAUGAUAAUAAACUCUUAACAUUACCAAAUGGUGAACGUAUUCGAUUACAAAGUCAUUGUUUAAUGAUAUGUGAAACAAGUGAUCUUCAAUAUGCAUCUCCUGCAACUAUAAGUCGGUGUGGAAUGGUCUGGGUUGAUCCUAAAAAUUUAGGCUAUCGACCAUAUUUCGAACGUUGGUUAAAGAAAACAAAUCCACGAAAUCAUACCGGAUCGACAGGAGAACUACCGGGUCGGAUGCCGGAUAAACGGACUCAAUUGCUUGAGUUAUUUGAUAAGUAUGUACCUCAAUGCAUCAAUUUCAUCUUGGAAGGUGUCGUUGGAUUGGAUCAAACGGUUGCAAAAUGCCAUCAAGUCAUUUCAAUUUCGAACUUGGAUAUGUGUAAACAACUUUGCGUAUCAUUAGAUGGACUUUUACCACAAGGAGACGCAGUUCUCGAUCGUACAAGUGUUGAAGGGCUUUUCGUUUUUAGUUUAGUCUGGUCUUUAGGAGCCGCAUUGCUCGCUUCAAGUCGAGAUCGUUUAGACACUUUCAUUCGUACGAUAUCUGACUUUCCAUUACCAUCCACCAGUUUGUACGACAAUUUCUUUGAUCUCGAAGCUCGAAAAUGGUUUGCAUGGGAAUCUCGUGUCGUAUCGUACACUGCACCUUCGCCUUUUCUUUUUUCCCAUGUAUUUGUUCCAACAAGUGAUUCAAUGCUUUACACUUUUCUUCUAACAAAUUGCAUGACAACAGAAAAACCAGUGCUUUUUGUGGGUGAAAGUGGUUCAGCCAAAACGGUGACGAUUCAAAAUUAUUUGAAUCAUUUAGAUUCACAAAGUUUUUCAACUUUAGCACUAAAUUUCUCAAGUCGAACGAGUAGUUUAGAUGUUCAGACAACAAUUCAAGCAAACGUUGACAAACGAUCGGGCAAAGUUUACGGUCCACCCGCUGGAAAGAAACUUUUGAUUUUCAUCGAUGACUUAAACAUGCCGAAAGUCGAUCUUUACGGCACACAGCAACCCAUUGCUCUCUUGCAUUUUCUUCUAAAUCGUGGAAGUAUAUACGACCGUGGCAAAGAUUUGGAUUUGCUCACGUUAAGAGAUUUGCUCUUUCUUAGUGCUAUGGGACCUCCUGGUGGUGGUCGAAAUCAAGUCGAUCCACGUUUUGUAGCACAAUUUAAUGUUUACAACCUCACGUCACCAACCAAACAAGUGCUUCGCCACAUUUAUGGCUCAAUCGUGACAACAUACUUUCGAAAUUUUAGCAACGACAUCCAAAGCAUUGGCAUCGGAUUAAUUGAUGGAUUGUUAGCCUUUUUCGAGUUUAUUGUGGAAAAGUUACCUCCCACACCGUCUAAAUUUCAUUACAUUUUCAAUUUACGCGAUCUUGGAUGUGUUUGUGAAGGAUUGUGCAUGGCAACACCCGAUCUUUUCACUUCCAGUGCAUCGAUUGUACGUCUAUGGCGCAAUGAGAUUAAACGAAUAUUUACUGAUCGACUUACGACAGAAUCGGAUACUGCAAUUGUCGAUGGAGCAUUCAUGCAGAUUGUACGUCAGACAUUUCCACAAGAAGCAGACACGGCUUUAGAAAAUCCACUACUGUUUGGUGAUUAUGCUGAUUGUAUUGGACGGAUUACAAAUGAAGCGACAUGCGAAGACGCACGAUUGUAUCAAGAUAUGGGAUCGUAUCGACAAAUUCGUAGUAUCUUUGAUGAAGUUCUCGAAACGUACAAUGUCGAUCAUAAACCCAUGACAUUAGUUCUGUUUGAAAUGGCAUUAGAACAUUUAUCACGAAUUCUACGCAUUAUUCGAAAUCCAUUGGGUCAUGCUUUAUUAAUUGGGAUUGGAGGAAGUGGCAAGCAAAGUUUAUCGCGACUUGCAGCGUUUACAGCAGGAUACGAUCUCUUUGAAAUCUUUCUGACACGUGGAUAUGGUGAAGCGGAAUUUCGAGAGAAUUUGAAAGAUUUAUAUCGAAAAUUAGGCAAACAACCGAUGGUGUUUCUUUUUACUGAUGCUCAUGCAGUAGAAGAAGGAUUUUUUGAAUAUAUCAACAAUAUGCUUACAACAGGUGUAGUACCAGCUCUUUUUGAAUCGGAGGAACGAGAAUCUCUUGCGAAUUCGGUGCGAGAUCAAGUCAAAGCAGCAGGAUUGAUCGAAUCGAGCGAUACAUGCUGGCGGUUCUACGUCGACUUGUGUCGACAGAACCUUCACAUAAUUCUUGCCAUGUCUCCUUCAGGUAAUGCGCUUCGAUUACGAUGUCGUAACUUUCCUGGUCUUGUCUCGGCUACAAUUAUUGAUUGGUUCUUCGCAUGGCCUGAAGAUGCACUACGUAAUGUUGCACAAUACUUUUUAUCUCAAGAGAAUCUACCGGAAGAAUCACGCGAAGAUGUGACGAAUCAUCUCGUCUAUGCUCAUUUACGUGUUGUACGUGUCGCGCAGCAAUUUGGCGAUGAAUUGCGUCGGCAUUAUUACGUCACACCAAAGAAUUAUCUUGAUUUUCUUUCAAAUUAUCGUCUUCAAUUGAAAGAGAAUAAAGUGAAAGUCACAGCAAGUAUUGGUCGUUUAAAAGGAGGUCUUUUAAAACUUGUUGAGGCAGCCCAAGCGGUAGAUUUGAUGCAAGUUGAAUUAUCAAAGAAAAAGAUCAUUGUGGAUGAAAAAGCUUUGGCAUGUGAAGCUUUAAUCAAGACGAUUGAAGAAAAGUCGACGGUAGCAUCAAAACAACAGGAAGUUGCAUCAAUGACUCAGAUGGAGUGUGAGAAAGCAUCCAUUUUGAUCGCACGAGAAAAGAAAGAAGCAGAUGCUGCGUUGUUGGAGGCUCUUCCAGCAGUCGAAGCAGCUGCUGCUGCUUUGCAAGAUCUUUCAAAAGCAGAUUUGACCGAGUUAAAAUCCUUUGCAUCGCCUCCACCUUUAGUCAUGUCAGUAUGUCAAGAACUUGAUCUCGACUGGAAAGGGGCAAAAGUGAUGUUAAGCAAUGCAAAUCUCAUCACUUUAUUGAAAGAGUAUGAAAAGGAUAAAAUUUCAGCCAAAAUGAUCAGCAAGAUCAAGACAUUUUUCAAGAAUCCAGAAUUAAAUAUUGAUACCAUGAAAUCCAUUUCUCGAGCUGGAGCAGGAUUACUUGUGUGGGUGGUAGCAAUUGUCAAAUAUCAUGAUGUGGCAAAGAAUGUUGAACCUUUACGUCAAAAAGUUAAGACUAUGGAAAAGGAACAAAUGUUAAAAGAACAAGAAUUGACUGAUUUGAAAGCUACGCUUGAUCGAUUAAAGUCCGAGCUUGAGAGUUUGUCAGUUCAAUUUCAAGAAGCAAAUUCUGAAUUGCAAGGAUUAAAAAUUCAAGCUGAUCAGAUGCAAAAACGACUUCAAGCUGCAAGUAAAUUGCUCUCUGGUCUUGGCUCGGAACGUACACGCUGGACAAAAGAUGUUGAGUCAUUACAUAGUCAAAGUGAACGUCUUGUAGGUGAUUGUUUACUCACUGCUAGUUUCUUAAGCUAUGCAGGAGCGUUGAGCUUUGAGUAUCGAACAAAUCUCAUCUAUCGUGAUUUCUUUCAAGAUCUAGAGUCUCGUCAUUUACCAGUCACGUCUCCUUUUCGACUGGAAAAGUCGUUAACGGAUGAGACAGUGAUUCAAAAAUGGGUCUCAGAAGGGUUACCAGCGGAUGAACACUCGGUUCAAAAUGGUAUUUUAACAACAAAGUCGAGUCGCUUUCCACUUUGUAUUGAUCCUCAGCAACAAGCUGUGAAUUGGAUUAAAAAAAAGGAAGAAAAGAACAGUUUGACAGUCAAGACAUUUAGUGAUCCGGAUUUUAUGAAACAUCUUGAAUUGGCCAUUCAAUUUGGAAAUCCAUUUCUCUUUGAAAGUGUUGAUGAAGAAGUAGAUCCAAUUCUUGAUCCUGUGUUGGAAAAACGAACGUUUAUGGAAGGAUCCCAACGAUUUAUCCAACUAGGCGAUAAAAAUGUAGAAUGGGAUUCGAAUUUUCGACUUUAUUUGACUUCAAAACUUGCGAAUCCCCAUUACUCUCCCGAGAUCAUGGGGAAGACAAUGAUUGUCAAUUACAGUGUAACACAAGAUGGACUUGCGAAUCAAUUAUUAAACGUCGUUGUAGCACAUGAACGACCGGAUUUAGAAGCACAAUUUCGUGACUUGGUUUCAGAAAUGUCGGAAAGUACACAAUUGAUUGUCGAGCUUGAAAAUACACUACUUCGUGAAUUAUCAAGUAGUUCUGGUAAUAUUUUAGAUAACGAAGAAUUGAUUGGAACGUUAGAUGAAACGAAGACUCAAGCGUUUGAAAUUAGUGGAAAAUUAGAGCUUGCGAGUUUUACAAAGACUGAAAUUUCGAAAGCUCGUGAAGUGUAUUCACCUGUUGCAUUGCGUGGAUCUAUCUUGUACUUUGCCAUGGCUGCACUCGCGACGAUUAUGAAAAUGUAUGAGAUUUCACUCGCAUCGUUUUUAACAGUGUUUCAUACUGCACUUGAGACUGCAAAACGAGAUGUCGUACUUGAGAAACGCUUGAAAUUGAUGGUCCAAUCAAUUACGGCCUUAUUGUACGACUAUACGUGUACAGGAAUUUUUGAGCGACAUAAACUCAUGUUUUCAUUCCAGAUGACGUGUAUGAUCAUGAAUGCAUCGAAUGAACUCGAUCGUCUCGAACUUGAUUUUUUCUUAAAAGGAAAUACAUCACUUGAAGCUGUGAGUGAACCAAAACCCGAGAAUCUAACGUGGAUUUCAAAUGCUGGAUGGAAAGACUUGCUUUGCUUAAGUACUUUACAUGAAGGAGGUGUUUUUACAUCAUUACUAGCUGAUUUGAGAACAAGAACAAUUGAAUGGAAAGCUUGGUACGAUCUUGAAGCUCCAGAAGGUGCAGACCUUCCAAGUUCGUUUUCAACUCAUCUUUCUGGUCUUUCAAAAUUAUUACUUUUUCGUUGUUUUCGACAAGAUCGUGUGUAUAAUGCUAUGAAAUUAUUUGUUAUGGAUGCAAUGGGUGAAAAGUAUGUUCAACCUCCUGUGUUAGACUAUAAUCGAAUCUAUAAUCAAAGUGUUUCGACAUCUCCAAUUGUUUGUAUCUUAAGUCCUGGAGCCGAUCCACAAAGUGAUAUCCAAACAUUAGGCGAUACUUAUGGUUUUUCAUCUUCUCGUUUCAAAUUCUUAGCUCUUGGUCAAGGACAAGGACCAUUAGCAGAACAAAUGGUUCAAACUGGUGCAUUACGAGGUCAUUGGGUUUUACUACAGAAUUGUCAUUUGUUAACAAGUUGGUUAAAAACAUUAGAAAAGAUGCUUCUUUUAUUAACAAAACCUCAGAAAGACUUUCGUUUGUGGCUUACAACCGAACCAACCGAUCGCUUUCCACUUGGAAUUUUACAACGAUCUUUAAAAGUCGUGACUGAACCACCCGAUGGAUUAAAACAAAACAUGCGUCGUUUAUAUUCUAAAGUUGAUGCGACAAUCUUCGAUGAAUGUCCACAUGAUAUUUUUCGUUCGAUGGUUUAUGUUCUUUGUUUUUUACAUGCUGUAGUUCUUGAACGUCGAAAAUAUGGAAAGAUUGGAUGGAAUGUAAAUUAUGAUUUUAAUGAAUCGGAUUUUACUAUAUCACGAAAAUUACUGAGUUUAUAUCUUACAAAAGCAUAUCAAGAUCAAGAUGAAAUGAUUCCAUGGGGAGCAUUGAAAUAUUUAAUUGGUGAUGCAAUGUAUGGUGGUCGAGUAAGUGAUGCUUAUGAUCGUCGAAUUUUAACGACGUACUUAGCCGAGUAUAUGGGUGAUUUCUUAUUUGAUACAUGUCAUCGUUUCUAUUUCAGUCGCUCGGGUUAUGAUUAUGUUCUUCCUGGUAAAAUUACGGGUAUUUCAUCUCAAUCCUUAAAUUUAGAGGCUUAUAUUACGAGUGUCGAGGAUUUACCACUAACGAAUAGUCCUGCAGUCUUUGGAUUGCACCCAAAUGCAGAAAUUGGGUAUUAUACGAAUAUGUCGAAAAGUGUAUGGAAAGAUUUAAUUUCACUUCAACCACGAUCGACAAAAUCAGGUACCGGUAUCUCGCGGGAAGAAUAUAUCACGAAUGUCACGAAAGAUAUUUUAUCAAAAGUGCCAGAACCAGUUGAUGUUCAUCUGAUUCGAAAAACCUUUAAAAUGACACCCACCCCAACUCAAAUUGUUCUAUUACAAGAACUUGAUCGUUGGAAUCUUUUGACAAGUCGAAUUCAAAUGUCAUUAAAAGAUCUUCAAAAAGCAUUAGUAGGUGAAAUUGGGAUGAGUGAAGACUUAGAUGCAGUGGGUACUGCACUAUACGAUGGGUUUCUUCCAAAUCUUUGGCGAUCAUUAUGUCCAAAUACAGAAAAACCACUUGGAAGUUGGAUGGAACAUUUUACAAAACGAUAUACUCAAUAUAUGAAUUGGAUAGCAAAUGGUGAACCACGAGUUCUAUGGCUUUCAGGAUUUAGCAUUCCUGAAUCAUAUCUUACUGCAUUAGUACAAGCUACAUGUCGAGCGAAGAAUUGGCCAUUGGAUAAAUCUACAUUGUAUACACGUGUGACAAAUUAUACGUACGAUUCACAUGUUUUACUCGACGAUCGGAAUGGAGAUGCUGGAUGUUAUGUGAAAGGAUUGUUUCUUGAAGGCGCAUCUUGGGACCUUCAACGAGGGUGCUUAGCUCCACAAAAGCCAAAACAAUUAGUGGAAGAAUUACCAAUUUUACAGAUUAUUCCGAUUGAAGCUAGUCGACUGAAAUUGCAAAAUACUUUUCGCACACCUGUGUAUGUUACUCAAGCACGACGAAAUGCGAUGGGUGUUGGACUUGUGUUUGAAGCUGAUUUGUAUACGACUGAACAUGCGUCUCAUUGGGUUCUGCAGGGUGUUGCACUUACGCUUAAUACAGAUUACUAG